AUGCUGAUGCCGCUGGAGCAGCUGCGCGCCAUCUACGAGCUGCUCUUCCGGGACGGCGUGCUGGUCGCGCAGAAGGACGGGCGCCCGCACAGCUUCCACCCGCAGCUGCCCGGCGUCUCCCAGCUGCAGGUCCGGCGGGCGCUGGGCUCGCUGUGCUCGCGGGGGCUGGUCCGGGAGAGCUUUGCCUGGCGCCACUGCUACUGGUUCCUGACGGACGAGGGGAUUGCCCACCUGCGUCGGACCCUGCGCCUGCCGCCGGAGAUCGUGCCCGCCACCCUGCAGCGCGUCCGCCGCCCCCUGGUCCCGGCCAGGCCGGCCCCACGCCCGCCUCGCACGCAGACGGUGCCAGGGGCCCCGGCCUGCCCCCACAAGCCGCAGGAGGCUUCCCGGCAGGCCUACCGCCGGAAGGAUGCUGCCGCUGCCGCCGCCCCCCCCACCGCCGGGCCCGGGGAGCAGGUCACCAGGGAGGUGGUGCCGCCGCUGGCAUCCGGUUGCGCCCCCACUGAAGAUGAGCGGGAUCGGGUCCAGAAGAAGACCUUCACCAAAUGGGUCAACAAGCACCUCAUCAAGGCCCAGCGGCACGUCAGCGACCUCUACGAGGACCUGCGCGAUGGACACAACCUCAUCUCCCUGCUGGAAGUGCUCUCGGGAGACACCCUGCCCAGGGAACGUGACGUGAUCCGGAACUUGCGGCUGCCUCGCGAGAAGGGCCGGAUGCGCUUCCACAAGCUGCAGAAUGUGCAGAUCGCCUUGGACUACCUGAGGCACCGGCAGGUGAAGCUGGUCAACAUCCGGAACGAUGACAUUGCUGAUGGCAACCCCAAGCUGACGCUGGGCCUCAUCUGGACCAUCAUCCUGCACUUCCAGAUCUCCGACAUCCAGGUGAGCGGCCAGUCGGAGGACAUGACGGCCAAAGAGAAGCUGCUGCUCUGGUCCCAGCGCAUGGUGGAGGGCUACCAGGGCCUGCGCUGCGACAACUUUACCACCAGCUGGCGCGACGGGCGCGUCUUCAACGCCAUCAUCCACCGGCACAAGCCGAUGCUGAUCGACAUGAGCAAGGUGUACCGCCAGAGCAACGUGGAGAACCUGGAGCAGGCCUUCUCCGUGGCCGAGCACGAGCUGGGCGUGACGCGGCUGCUGGACCCGGAAGACGUGGACGUGCCCCAGCCGGACGAGAAGUCCAUCAUCACCUACGUCUCCUCCCUCUACGACGUGAUGCCGCGGGUGCCCGACGUGCAGGACGGCGUCAGGGCCAACGAGCUGCAGCUGCGCUGGCAGGAGUACUAUGAGGUGGUGACGCUGCUGCUGCAGUGGGUGCAGCAUCACACGGUGGUCUUUGAGGAGCGGCGCUUCCCCGCCAGCUACGAGGAGAUCGAGAUCCUGUGGCAUCAGUUCCUGAAGUUCAAGGAGACGGAGCUGCCCGCCAAGGAGGCCGACAAGCACCGCUCCAAGGCCAUCUUCCAGUCCCUGGAGGCAGCGGUGCAGUCUGGGCAGCUGAAGGUGCCGCCGGGCUACCACCCGCUGGACGUGGAGAAGGAGUGGGGCAAGCUGCACGUGGCCAUUUUGGAGCGCGAGAAGCUUCUGCGCUCGGAGUUCGAGAGGCUGGAGCGGCUGCAGCGCAUCGUCAGCAAGCUCCAGAUGGAGUCGGGCGUCUGCGAGGAGCAGCUGAACCAGGCCGAUAGCCUGCUGCAGGCGGACAUCCGGCUGAUGAACGCCGGCAAGGCCCCGCAGAGGCAGGCCGAGAUCGAGCAGGACCUGGACAAGGCCGACACCAUGAUCCGCUCGCUCUUCAACGACGUGCAAGCCCUCAAGGACGGGCGCCACCUGCAGGGCGAGCAGAUGUACCGCAGGGUGUACCGCCUGCACGAGCGCCUUGUGGCCCUGCGCACGGAGUUCAACCUGCGCCUGAAGUCGGGGCCGGCCCCCAGCACCCAGGCCCCGCGGCCCCGGCCGGAGCUGGACGACACCACCCUGCGCUACCUGCAGGAGCUGCUGGCCUGGGUGGAGGAGAACCAGCGGCGCGUGGCGGCGGCCGAGUGGGGCAUCGACCUGCCCUCCGUGGAGUCGCAGCUGGGCAGCCACCGCGGGCUGCACCAGUCCAUCGAGGAGUUCCGCCCCAAGGUGGAGGCCGCCCGUGCCGACGAGGCCCAGCUCUCCCCCGUCAUGCGCAGCGCCUGCCAGGACUGCCUGAACAAGCUGGAGCUGCAGUACGCCAAGCUGCUGAACGCCUCCAAGGGCCGGCUCCGGCAGCUCGAGAGCCUGCAGGCGUUCGUGGCCGCAGCCACCAGGGAGCUGCUGUGGCUGAGCGAGAAGGAAGAGGAGGAGGCCGGCUAUGACUGGAGCGAGCGCAACAGCAACAUGGCCGCCAAGAAGGAGAGCUACUCGGGCCUGAUGAGGGAGCUGGAGCAACGCGAGCGGAAGAUCAAGGAAAUCCAGAGCACGGGCGAGCGGCUGCUGCGGGAGGAGCAUCCGGCCAAGAAGACGGUGGAGGCCUUCCUGGCGGCGCUGCAGACCCAGUGGAGCUGGAUGCUGCAGCUGUGUUGCUGCAUCGAGGCCCACCUGCAGGAGAACACGGCCUACUUCCAGUUCUUCUCUGACGUGAAGCAAGCCGAGGAGUUCCUGCACAAGACCCAGGACACCAUGAGGAAGAAGUUUGCCUGCGACCGGUCCAUCACUGCGACGCGCCUGGAGGACCUGCUGAAGGACUCCCUCGACGAGAAGGAGCACCUCGUCGAGUACCAGAGCCACCUGGCGGGGCUCGCCAAGCGUGCCAAGACCAUCGUCCAGCUGAAGCCCCGCGGCACGGGCACCCACGUCAGGGGCCGGCUGCCUCUCCAGGCGGUCUGCGACUACAAGCAGCUGGAGAUAACGGUGCACAAGGGGGACACCUGUACCCUCCUCAGCAAUGCCGAGCCCUCCAAGUGGAAGGUGCUGAAUGCCGCCGGCAGUGAGGCCGUGGUGCCGUCCAUCUGCUUCCUGGUGCCCCCGCCCAACAAGGACGCCCUGGAGGCAGUCAGCAGGUUGGAGGCCACCCACCAGGGCUUGCUGGCCAGCCAGCGCCAGCUGCACAUCGACAUGGCGAGCCUGCUGUCCUGGCAGUACCUGCAGCGCGACAUCCAGCAGAUCCAGCUGUGGUCCCUCCUCACGUUCCGGACCAUGCCGCCCGAGGAACACCGGCAGGCGCUGCGCAACCUGGAAAGCCACUACCAGGAGUUCCUGCGCAACAGCCAGGACGCACAGAACUUCCUGCCGGACGACCGGCUGCACAUGGAGCGCGAGUACAGCACGUGCACCCAGAAGUACGAGCUCCUGCUGCGCGGCCUGGAGAAAGGGGAGCAGGAGGAGUCCCUGUGCCGAAACUACAUCUCCCAGCUGAAGGACAUCCUGCUGCGGCUGGAGGGCUGCGAGUCGCGCACCAUCCACAAGAUCCGCUCCCCGUUGGACAAAGACCCCGCCAAGGAGUGUGCCCAGCGCAUCAGCGACCAGCAGCGGAUCCACCUGGAGCUGGAAGGCAUCAAGGAGAGCCUGGGCCAGGUGAGCGCCAAGACCGAGCAGGUCCUGGCGCAGCCCGAGCAGGCCGGCUCCGCGCCCCUGCUGCACUCGGAGCUGGACCUCACGCUGCAGAAGAUGGACCAGGUGCAGGGCCUCUCCAGCAUCUACCUGGAGAAGCUGAAGACCAUCAGUCUGGUCAUCCGGAGCACGCAGGGGGCUGAGGAGCUGCUCCAGAGCUACGAGGCGCAGCUGAAGGACGUGCAGACGGUGCCCGCGGACCUCCAGGCCCUCGAGGCGACCAAGGCAGAGCUGAAGAAGCUGCGUGGGCAGGUGGAGGGGCACCAGCCGCUCUUCAGCACCCUGGAGGCCGACCUGGGCAAGGCCAGCGAGGUGAACGAGCGCAUGGUACGGGGCCACAGCGAGAGGGACCUGGACCUGGACCGGUACCACGAGCGCGUGCACACCCUGCUGGAGCGCUGGCAGGCCGUCCUGACCCAGAUUGACAUGCGCCAGCGCGAGCUGGACCAGCUGGGCCGCCAGCUGCGCUACUACCGCGAGAGCUACGACCGGCUCAUCCGGUGGAUCCGCGAGGCCCGGCAGCGCCAGGAGGCUCUGCAGGCCGUGCCCGUCACCAGCAGCGAGGGCGUCCGCGAGCAGCUCCUGCAGCAGAAGAAACUGCUGGAGGAGUGUGAGCAGAACCGGGCCCAGGUGGAGGAGUGCCAGCGCUUUGCCAAGCAGUACAUCGACGCCAUCAAGGACUACGAACUGCAGCUGGUGACCUACAAGGCCCAGGUGGAGCCGGCCGCGUCUCCCGCGAAGAAGCCCAAAGUCCAGUCUGCCUCGGACAGCAUCAUCCAGGAGUACGUGGACCUGCGGACGCAGUACAGCGAGCUGGCCACGCUGACCAGCCAGUACAUCCGCUUCAUCACGGAGACCCUCCGGCGGCUGGAGCAGGAGGAGAAAGCCGCAGAGAAACUGAAGGCGGAGGAGCAGGAGCGCCUGGCCGAGGUGGAGGCGCAGCUGGAGAAGCAGAGGCAGUUGGCGGCGGCCCACGCCCAGGCCAAGGCGCAGGCGGAAAAGGAGGCCCAGGAGCUGCAGCGGCGCAUGCAGGAGGAGGUCAGCCGGCGGCAGCUGGUGGCCGUGGACGCCGAGCAGCAGAAGCAGAACAUCCAGCAGGAGCUGGCGCAGGUCAAGGUCAGCUCGGACCUGCAGAUCCAGGCCAAGCUCAAGCUGAUCGAGGAGGCCGAGCUCAGCCGCCGGAAGGUGGAGGAGGAGAUCCGCGUCAUCCGCCUGCAGCUGGACUCCACGGAGCAGCAGCGGGCCGGGGCAGAGGAGGAGCUGUGGGCGCUGCGGGCCCGCGCCGAGGAGGCCGAGCGCCAGAAGAAGCUGGCCCAGGAGGAGGCUGAGCGCCUGCGCCGGCAGGUGAAGGAGGAGGCGCAGAGGAAGCGGGAGGCCGAGGAGGAGGUGCGGCGCAAGGUGCAGGCCGAGCAGCAGGCGGCCCGGGAGAAGCAGAAGGCCCUGGAGGACCUGCAGCAGCUGCGCCUGCAGGCCGAGGAGGCGGAGCGCAGGAUGCGGCAGGCCGAGCUGGAGAAGGAGCGGCAGCUGCAGGUGGCCCAGGAGGCGGCCCAGAAGAGCGCCGAGGCCGACCUGCAGAGCCGGCGCCUGUCCUUCGCGGAGAAGACGGCCCAGCUGGAGCUCUCCCUGCAGCAGGAGCACCUGACCGUCACCCACCUGCAGGAGGAGGCCGAGCGGCUGAAGAGGCAGCAGCUGGAGGCCGAGCAGUCCAGGGAGGAGGCGGAGAGGGAGGUGGAGAAGUGGCGCCAGAAGGCCAACGAGGCCCUGCGGCUGCGGCUGCAGGCGGAGGAGGUGGCCCACAAGAAGUCCCUGGCGCAGGAGGAGGCCGAGAAGCAGAAGGAGGAUGCCGAGCGGGAGGCGCGGAAGCGCGGCAAGGCCGAGGCAGCCGCCCUGCGCCAGAAGGAGCUGGCCGAGGAGGAGCUGGAGAAGCAGCGGAAGCUGGCCGAGGGGACGGCCCAGCAGAAGCUGCUGGCUGAGCAGGAGCUCAUCCGCCUGAAGGCGGAGAUGGAGAACGGCGAGCAGCAGCGCCUGCUGCUGGAGGAGGAGCUCUUCCGCCUCAAGAACGACGUGAGCGAGGCUAUCCAGAAGCGGACGGAGCUGCAGGAGGAGCUGGCCAAGCUGCGCACCGAGAUGGAGCUCCUGCUGCAGAGCAAGGCCAAGGCGGAGGAGGAGUCCCGCUCCACCAGCGAGAAGUCCAAGCAGAUGCUGGAGGCCGAGGCCAGCAAGCUGCGGGAGCUGGCCGAGGAGGCGGCGCGGCUGCGGGCCCUCUCGGAGGAGGCCAAGCGGCAGCGGCAGCUGGCCGAGGAGGAGGCUGCCCGGCAGCGGGCGGAGGCCGAGCGGAUCCUCAAGGAGAAGCUGGCGGCCAUCAACGAGGCCUCGCGGCUGAAAGCGGAGGCCGAGAUCGCCCUCAAGGAGAAGGAGGCGGAGAACGAGCGCCUGCGCCGGCUGGCCGAGGACGAGGCCUACCAGCGGCGGCUGCUGGAGGAGCAGGCGGCUCAGCACAAGCAGGACAUCGAGGAGAAGAUCGCCCAGCUGCGCAAGUCCUCGGAAAACGAGCUGGAGAGGCAGAAGAGCAUCGUGGAUGACACACUGAAGCAGCGGCGCGUCGUCGAGGAGGAGAUCCGCCUGCUCAAGGCCAACUUUGAAAAGGCCUCGCUGGGCAAGACGGAGCUGGAGCUGGAGCUGGGCAAGAUCAGGCAGAACGCCGAGGAGACCCAGCGCAGCAAGGAGCAGGCGGAGCAGGAGGCGGAGAGGCUGCGCCAGGCGGCCCUGGAGGAGGAGGGCCGCCGCAAGGAGGCCGAGGCCAAGGUCAGGAAGAUCCUGGCCGCGGAGCAGGAGGCUGCCCAGCAGCGCAAGGCGGCCCUGGAGGAGGUGGAGCGCCUGAAGGCCAAGGUGGAGGAGGCCCGGAGGCAGAAGGAGCUGGCCGAGCGUGAGUCCGAGAGGCAGAUCCAGCUGGCCCAGGAGGCGGCCCAGAAGCGGCUGGCUGCCGAGGAGAAGGCCCACCUGGCCGCCGUGCAGCAGAAGGAGCAGGAGCUGCUGCAGACCCGGCAGCAGGAGCAGAGCGCCCUGGACAGGCUGCGCGAGGAGGCGGAGCAGGCCAGGCGGGCUGCCGAGGAGGCCGAGCUGGCCCGCGUCCGGGCGGAGCAGGAUGCGGCCCUGUCCCGGCAGCGGGUGGAGGAAGCCGAGCGCAGGAAGCAGCGCGCGGAGGAGGAGGCCCAGGCCAAGGCCAGGGCACAGGAGGAUGCGGAGAAGCUGCGGAAGGAGGCCGAGCUGGAGGCGGCCAAGCGGGCUCAGGCGGAGCAGGCCGCCCUCCAGCAGAAGCAGCUGGCAGACGCCGAGAUGGAGAAACACAAGAAGUUCGCCGAGCAGACGCUGCGGCAGAAGGCCCAGGUGGAGCAGGAGCUGGCCAAGGUCAAGCUGCAGCUGGAGCAGACGGACCACCAGAAGAGCAUCCUGGAGGAAGAGCAGCGGCGGCUGAAGGAGGAGGUGACCGAAGCCAUGAAGCAGAAGGCCCAGGUGGAGGAGGAGCUGUUCAAGGUGAGGAUCCAGAUGGAGGAGCUGCUCAAGCUGAAGACCCGCAUCGAGGAGGAGAACAGGGCGCUGAUCCUGAAGGACAAGGACAACACGCAGAAGCUGCUGGCCGAGGAGGCCGAGAAGAUGAAGCAAGUGGCGGAGGAAGCUGCCCGGCUGAGUGUGGAGGCCCAGGAGGCGGCCCGCAUGCGGGCACUGGCCGAGGAGGACCUGGCCCAGCAGCGGGCCCUGGCGGAGAAGGUGGUGAAGGAGAAGAUGCAGGCCGUCCAGGAGGCGACCCGCCUGAAGGCCGAGGCGGAGGCGCUGCAGAAGCAGAAGGACCUCGCCCAGGAGCAGGCCAAGCGGCUCCAGGAGGACAAGGAGCAGAUGCAGCAGCGGCUGGUGGAGGAGACGGAAGGCUUCCAGAAGACGCUGGAGGCAGAGCGCAGGCGGCAGCUGGAGAUCAGCGCGGACGCCGAGCGCCUGAAGGUGCAAGUCACCGAGCUGAGCCUGGCCCAGGCCAAGGCCGAGGAGGAGGCCAAGCGGUUCAAGAGGCAGGCCGAGGAGAUCAGCCAGAAGCUGCACCAGACGGAGCUGUCCACCCAGGAGAAGAUGACGCUGGUUCACACGCUGGAGAUCCAGAGGCAGCAGAGCGACCAGGACGCAGAGAAGCUAAGGAGAGCCAUCGCGGAGCUGGAGCAGGAGAAGGCCAAGCUGAAGCAGGAGGCGCUGGCGCUGCAGCGAAAGGCAGAGGAGAUGGAGACGGCGCAGAAGGAGCAGUUGCGCCAGGAGACUCACAUGCUUCAGCAGACCUUCCUGACGGAGAAGGAUGUUCUCCUGGAGAAGGAGCGGUUCGUUGAGGAGGAGAAGGCCAAGCUGGAGAAGCUCUUCCAGGAUGAGGUUAAGAAAGCCAAGAACCUGAAGGCGGAGCAGGAGCACCAGCAGAAGCAGAUGGAGCAGGAGAAGCAGCGGCUGAGGGCGAUCCUGGAGGAUGCGAAGCAGAAGCAGGCCGAGGCUGAGGAGAACGUCCGCCGGAAGCAGGAGGAGCUGCAGCAGCUGGAGGAGCAGCGGCAGCUGCAGGAGAAGCUUCUCGCGGAGGAAAACCAGAAGCUCAGGGAGAAGCUGGAGCGCCUGCAAGAGGAGCAGAGGGCUGCGCUAGCACAGACCCGGGAGAUCAUGAUCCAGACGGAUGAGCCGCCCCAGGAGGAGGCCGUCCCGGCCAGGCGAGUGUCCCAGCUGAAGGCGAUGCCCAACGGCGAGGACGUGACGGACCACAUUUCUCAGAAUGGGGAGCCGGAGCUGGCGUUUAAGGGCAUCCGGCAGAAAGUGCCGGCCGAGAAGCUGGCGGAGGCCGGCAUCCUGAGCCAGGAGCACCUGGAGAAGCUGGGGAAGGGCCUGGUGAGCGUGGAGGAGCUCUCCCAGCGGGCAGACAUCCAGGCGUACCUGCAGGGCACAAGCAGCAUCGCCGGCCUCCUGGUUCAGCCCGCCAACAAGCGGGUGAGCAUCUACGAGGCCAUGCAGCAGCGCCUGCUCAGCCCAGGCACAGCCCUCAUCCUGCUGGAGGCCCAGGCCGCUUCCGGCUUCAUCAUCGACCCCGUGAGGAACAAGAGGCUGUCCGUCAGCGAGGCGGUGAAGGAGGGCGUGGUGGGGCCGGAGCUGCAUGGCAAGCUGCUCUCCGCCGAGCGGGCGGUGACCGGGUACACCGACCCCUACACCGAGGAGAAGAUCUCCCUGUUCCAGGCCAUGAGCAAGGACCUCAUCGUGAAGGACCACGGCAUCCGGCUGCUGGAGGCCCAGGUCGCCACGGGGGGCAUCAUCGACCCCAUCAACAGCCACCGCCUGCCCGUCGACGCGGCCUGCAAGCGGGGCUACUUGGACGAAGAGAUGCGGCAGGUCCUCUCCGACCCCUCGGAUGACACCAAGGGCUUCUUCGACCCCAACACCCAGGAGAACCUGACCUACCUGCAGCUGCUGCAGAGGUGUGUGACGGAUCCGGAGACUGGCCUCGCCUUCCUUCCACUGGCGGACACAGCAGCCAAAGGGAGGGAGCUGGUCUACACCGACCGGGAGGCCCGCGACGUCUUCCAGAAGGCCACUGUGUCCGCCCCCUUCGGCAGGUUCAAAGGGAAGACGGUGACCAUCUGGGAAAUCAUCAACUCGGAGUAUUUCACGGAGGAGCAGCGGCGCGACCUCCUGCGCCAGUACAAGACCGGGAAGAUCACGGUGGAGAAGAUCAUCAAGGUCAUCAUCACGGUGGUGGAGGAGAGCGAGAAGAAGAGCCAGCUUUGCUUCGAGGGGCUCCGGGCUCCCGUUCCAGCGGCCGAGCUGCUGGAGAGCAGAAUCCUCAGCAAGGACCUCUACAACCAGCUGCAGCAGGGGAAGAAGACGGUGCAAGAUGUCGCCGGCACGGAUCCCAUCCGGGCGUACCUGAAGGGCAGCACUGCCAUCGCUGGCGUUGUGUUGGAGGCCACCGGCCAGAAGGUCUCAUUCCACGAGGCCUUGCAGCAAAACCUCCUGAGGCCAGAGACCGCCCUCGCGCUGCUGGAGGCCCAGGCUGGCUCCGGGUACAUCCUCGACCCGCUGCGGAAUGAGGCGCUCCCUGUGGACGAAGCGGUCAGGGCUGGAAUCGUUGGGCCCGAGCUGCACGAGAAGCUGCUGUCCGCAGAGAAGGCCGUGACUGGCUACCGGGACCCCUACACGGGCCAGGUGGUCUCCCUCUUCCAGGCCCUGCAGAAGGGCCUCCUGCCCAGGGAGGCCGGGGUCCGCCUGCUGGACGCUCAGCUCUCCACCGGGGGCAUCAUUGACCCUGUGCACAGCCACCGCCUCCCCCUCGACGUUGCUUGCAGGCGGGGCUGCUUCAGUGAAGAGCUGGGCAAGGCCUUGUCUGUCCCCGAGGACGACGUCAAGCUGUACUAUGACCCCAACGCCCAGGAGAGUGUGACCUACGCUCAGCUGCGGAGGCGGUGCCGCGCAGACAAGCCAGCAGGCCCCCUCUUGCUCCCGCUCUCCAGCGAGGCCAUCCAGCGCCAUCAGGAGGAGGUCUACUCGGAUAGCCAGGCCAGGGACUCCCUGGACAAAGCUACCGUGGAAGUCCCAGCUGGCAGCUUGAAGGGCAAGUCGGUCACGAUCUGGGAGCUGAUCCAUUCCGAGUACUUGACCGAAGAGCAGCGGCGAGAGCUGAUCCGGCAGUACAAAUCCGGGAAGGUCACCAUCGAGAGGGUCAUCAAGAUCAUCAUCACCAUCAUCGAAGAGACCGAGACCAAAAAGCAGGAGAAGCUGACCUUCAGCGGCCUCCGCGCCCCGGUGCCCGCCAGCGAGCUGCUGGAGUCCAGGAUCAUUAGCAAGACCCAGCACGAGCAGCUCCUGGUGGGCAAGAAGUCCGUGAAAGACCUCUCUGAGGUGGACACCGUGCGGAGGUACCUGCAGGGCAGCGGCUGCAUCGCGGGGGUGUUUGUGGAGGAGGCCAGAGAGAAACUGAGCAUCUACGAGGCGAUGAAGCAGAACCUGCUGCUGCCCAGCACGGCCACGCUCCUCCUGGAAGCUCAGGCCGCCACGGGAUUCAUGGUCGAUCCCGUGAGGAACAGGAAGCUGUACGUCCACGAAGCAGUGAAGGCCGGCCUGGUGGGACCAGAGCUGCACGAGAAGCUGCUGUCCGCCGAGAAGGCCGUGACCGGGUACAGGGACCCUUUCUCCGGAAACACCAUUUCCCUUUUCGAAGCUAUGAAGAAGGGGCUCAUCCUCAGGGAACAUGCCACUCGCCUGCUGGAGGCCCAGAUCGCCACGGGGGGCAUCAUCGACCCUGUGCACAGCCACCGGGUCCCCGUGGAGGUGGCCUACCAGCGGGGCUACGUGGACAAAGCACUGAACCGGGCCCUCUCGGACCCCACCGAUGACACCAAGGGCUUCUUUGACCCCAAUACCAAAGAGAAUCUGAGCUACCUGCAGCUGAAGGAGAGGUGUGUUGAGGACCCGGAGACCGGCCUCUACCUCCUGCCCCUGAAGCAGCCCGAGAGGCCCACUGUGGUGGAGACCACCCAGGUGUACACCGAGGCCGAGACCAAGAAGGUCUUUGAGGAGACCCAGAUCGACAUUCCAGUGGGGGAUAAGGCUGGCUCCUCCAUGUCGCUGUGGGAGAUCAUGCACUCGGAUCUCAUCCCUGAGGACCAGCGCAAGAGGCUGAUGGAAGAGUUCCGCUCCGGCAGUGUGACAAAGGAGCGCAUGAUCAUCAUCAUCAUCGAGAUCAUAGAGAAAACGGAGAUCAUCCGGCAGCAGGACCGUACCUCCUACGACUACGUCAGGCGGCGGAUCACUGCCGACGACCUCUACGAGGCCCGGAUCAUCUCGCUGGAGGUCUACAACGCACUGAAGCAAGGCACCAAGACCAUCCGCGAGCUCCUGGAUAUGGAGGCUGUCUGGAGGCACCUCUACGGCACGGGCUGUGUGGCCGGCAUCUACGUUCCGUCCAGCAAGCAGAAGCUCAGCGUCUAUCAGGCCCUGAAGAAAGGACUAAUCAGCCCGGAAGUGGCUCGGUCCCUGCUGGAAGCCCAGGCUGCCACUGGCUUCAUCGUUGACCCCACCAAGAAUGAGAUGCUGACUGUGGAUGAGGCCGUCCGGAAAGGGAUUGUGGGCCCAGAAAUGCAUGACCGCCUCUUGUCUGCUGAGAGAGCAGUGACUGGGUAUCGGGACCCCUACAGCGAGCAGAAGAUCUCGCUCUUCCAGGCCAUGAAGAAGGACCUCAUUCCUCCCGAAGAAGCCCUGAGGCUGCUGGAUGCUCAGCUGGCCACAGGGGGCAUAGUGGACCCGCAUCUGGGCUUCCACCUGCCCUUAGAAAUUGCCUAUCAGCGUGGCUACUUCAACAGGGAGACCUACGAGCGGCUAUCUGAGCCCAGUGAGGUGCGCAGCUACGUGGACCCCUCCACGGAGGAGAAGCUCAGCUACGCCCAGAUCCUCAAGCGAUGCAAGAAGGACGAGAACACCGGCUGCCUCCUGCUACCGCUCAGCGACACCCGCAAGCUGACGUUCAGGGGCCUGAGGAAGCAGAUCUCUGUGGAGGAGCUGGUGCGCUCCCAGGUCAUGGAUGAGGCGACGGCCCAGCGGCUCCAAGAGGGCUUGACCUCUGUGGAGGAAGUCACGAAACACCUGCAGAAGUUCCUGGAGGGCACCAGCUGCAUCGCAGGGGUCUACGUGGACUCCAGCAAGGAGAGGCUGUCCGUGUACCAGGCCAUGAAGAAGGGCAUCAUCCGCCCGGGCACAGCCUUCGAGCUCCUCGAGGCCCAGGCUGCCACGGGGUAUGUCGUCGACCCCAUCCGAGGCCUCAAGCUGACUGUGGAAGAGGCGGUGCGCAUGGGCAUCGUCGGUCCGGAGUUCAAGGACAAGCUGCUCUCGGCAGAGAGGGCCGUGACGGGCUACAAAGACCCCUAUUCGGGCAAGCUGAUCUCCCUCUUCCAGGCCAUGAAGAAGGGGCUGAUCCUGAAAGACCACGGCAUCCGCCUGCUCGAGGCCCAGAUUGCCACCGGGGGCAUCAUCGAUCCAGAGGAGAGCCAUCGCCUGCCGGUCGAAGUGGCCUACAAGAGAGGCCUGUUCGAUGAGGAAAUGAACGAGAUCCUGCUCGACCCGAGUGACGACACCAAAGGGUUCUUCGACCCAAACACAGAGGAGAACCUGACCUACCUGCAGCUGAUGGAGAGGUGCAUCACUGACCCCGAGACCGGCCUUUGCCUCCUGCCCCUGAAGGAGAAGAAGCGGGAGAGGAAGACGUCUUCCAAGUCCUCUGUCCGCAAGCGCAGGGUGGUGAUCGUCGACCCGGAGACGGGGAAGGAGAUGUCUGUGUACGAGGCUUACCGCAAGGGCCUCAUCGACCACCAGACCUACCUGGAGCUCUCGGAACAGGAGUGCGAGUGGGAAGAGAUCACCAUCUCCUCCUCCGACGGGGUGGUGAAGUCCAUGAUCAUUGACCGGCGGUCAGGGCGGCAGUACGAUAUCGAUGAUGCCAUCGCGAAGGGACUGAUAGACCAGUCUGCCCUGGACCAGUACCGCUCGGGCUCCUUGUCCAUCACGGAGUUCGCGGACAUGCUGUCCGGCAACGUCAGCGGAUUCCGGUCGAGGUCUUCCUCCGUUGGCUCCUCCUCUUCCUACCCCGUGAGCCCAGCCCAUGUGAGGGCACAGCUGACCUCUUGGAGUGACCCCACCGAAGAGACGGGGCCCGUCGCAGGCAUCCUGGACACCGACACCCUGGAGAAGGUCUCCAUCACGGAAGCCAUGCAUCGCAACCUGGUCGACAACAUCACCGGCCAGCGGCUGCUGGAGGCCCAGGCCUGCACCGGCGGGAUUGUUGACCCCAGCUCCGGGGAGCGGUUCUCCGUCGCGGAUGCCGUCAACAAGGGCCUGGUCGACAAGAUCAUGGUGGACAGAAUCAACCUCGCACAGAAGGCCUUCCACGGCUUCGAGGACCCGCGAACCAAGACCAAGAUGUCUGCCGCACAGGCCCUGAAGAAAGGCUGGCUGUACUACGAGGCUGGCCAGCGCUUCCUGGAGGUGCAGUACCUGACGGGCGGGCUGAUCGAGCCGGACGCGGCCGGACGCGUCUCCCUGGAAGAGGCCGUGCAGAAGGGCACCAUCGAUGCGCGCACCGCGCAGAAGCUCCGGGACGUGAGCGCAUACUCCAAGUACCUGACCUGCCCCAAGACCAAGCUCAAGAUCUCGUACAAGGACGCGAUGGACAGGAGCAUGGUGGAAGAAGGCACGGGCCUGCGCCUCCUGGAGGCCUCCUCGCAGUCCAGCAAGGGCUACUACAGCCCCUACAACGUCAGCGGCUCCGGCUCCACCUCCGGCUCUCGCUCGGGCUCCCGAACCGGCUCCAGGUCGGGCUCCCGGCGGGGGAGCUUCGACGCGACGGGCUCGGGCUUCUCCAUGUCCUUCUCCUCCUCCUCCUACAGCUCAUCCAGUUACGGCCGCAGAUACGGGUUGGGCGCCGGCAGCAGCCCCAGGGAAGCGGCGCCCGGCGGUGCCCGGACGCACCCCGAGGGGGACUGCAGGCGGGAGGAGCACCAGGCGUGCCCGGACCCACCUGGGAAGCAGCUGACCGUGGCGUGACAGCCCCCGGCCUCGCACACUCGAGAGAAGCUCUGCAUUUAUCCUGCGCUGCAUGUGAGAAGCUACUGGCUAACCUUGCCUUCAUCACUACUCGAUUUAUUCUGAUUGCUGUUACUACUAUUUUAUAAAAUUUAAAACACACUUUCCUUCCAAAGCAGUGCCUAAAGUUUAACCAAAAACAAAAAGCCCUAGACUAAUAUAUUAAUAUAUAUAUAUGACUCUUCUGGCAGUAUUUGUAUAUUGAGAGAAAGUGAGCGUGCACUUCCGCCCCACCGCCGCUCCGUGGCGCCACCCACCGGCAGAGCAGGCUGGCUGGCCACGUGCCAGCGCCCCCCGGCAGAAGCCGCCCACCCUCCCCACAAGCGACGCCUCCCCAAGCGGCCCCCCAGCCUGCAAGACGGCCCCAGGCCAGGCCUCCCUCCGCCACCCGCACCGCACGCUCCACUUCCAGCCACUGAGGAAGGGACUUGCCCGACGACAGGGCGCCAGGCUGCCCCACGGCUCCCCCACUGCAGCCGCCGGCUCCCCGCACCAUUGCCGGACCGCUUUUCCUCGCUGGCCCUCGCCAGCACGACCCGGAGAAACUGCUCUCUGCUCCGCAGCUGUUCCUCGGCGGCCUCCCCUCGACCGCGUGGACGGCCACGCUCAGACCACAUUUUCUCCUAGUCCCGCCCAAGACGGGCCCCGGUCGCUGGAAGAGCUGCUGGGCUGGUUUUCCGACAUCAGCGAGGCCUGGUUCGGCUCCGGAGGAGGCCCAGGCACAGCUGCGCCGCUGUGCCCACCCAGCAAGCGUUGCUGGAUGUCCAUUUCAACCUCCUUCCCAGUUGCCGUGUGGAUCUCGUGCCCGGUCUUGGGGGAAGUGGGACAGCGCUGAGCAGUUGGGCAGCCCCCCUGCCCUUCGCAGCCCCGUGGAGCACGCCGGCCAGUGGGGGGGGGCGGGGGCUGGCAGUCACCCGGGGCCGUCCGCUUGGCGCCCCUGAGCAUUCUCACUGCGGCUCCUCGGGAGCCCUCCGGAGGGGGCGCGUGCCAGGCAUGCCUAGGGAGAGUGGCUGGGCUGCAGACCCCCGGAAGCGCUGGGGCCCGGCUGUGCCGCAGCCCGGCUGCCAGACCGAGGCUCCGCCGCCACCUCCUGCCUGUCCUGCCCCUCAGGCGUCGGGCCGCGUCUUCCGUGCCUGCUGCGGGUGCAGGUGGGGGCCGUGCCGGACAAGGGUCGGCCUCCUUGGCUCCCUGUGAGCUGCGCACUGACGUGCCCCCCGCCCUCUGUGAGCAAAGAGGUGCCCUGCAGCACCCCCCCCCGGCCCUCGGGGCCGUUCCCCCCCCCCCCCCUGCCCCCCCCCCCCCCCCCCCCUGUCCCCCGCCCCCCCUCCCCCCCCUCCCUCCCUCCCUCCCUCCCUCCCCGGCAUCUGUCGUGACCGCCUUCUCUCAUUAUCCAGCUGUCGCUCCGCUUUGCGCGCUGCAUGGGCUCUGGCAUGGGUGCCCGGCUUUGGGCGGCCGCUGGCUCCCUCCCUGCUCUCCGGUGCCCGGAACUAACUGAGCUUCCCUCUGCCUGCCCCUGCUCGCCUCGCCUCGCCGCGGGAGCUCUUGCCUCUCGGGGCUCAUCUCUGGAUGUGGGGCAGGUGCAACACUAAACCACAACUUGUAAAUACCACGAAGUGUUUGUACAAACGGGCCGUAUGGAGCCGUGGCCUCUCCGCCAGGAGGGGGCAGUAAAGAGAUUCCUUGA